CUUUAUCACCUCUCUCCUUGCUCACAACUUCCCGCUCUUCUCCCACACCCGCCCUUCGGCAACUGUCUUUCUCUCUCGUUCGGGCUCUUGUAUCUGCUAUCUCCUUUUAAAGUAAAAGCGCUAGAAAUGUGAAAACUGUUCCCUCUCUCGCGACUCGACAUUCUUAGGCGUGCUAAUUAAAACCUGGACGGAGUCAAAACCACAGGUCUCUCGUUUCAAAUCUGGUCAAAUGCAUUGACCAGUGACAGUGCGAGCGAGCGCGAGCGACCGUAAGAUGCUGGCCGAAGUAUAUAGGCUCAGCAGAACCAGAAUCCUCGGCGCCCAGGUUUGCAGCAGUGCCAGUGGAGUAAUCGUCAAACAUGGCGUCCAGUAGAAAGAGUUUGUCCGAUUUCUUCGGACUUUCUUGGUCUAGUUGGUCAGAAUACUCUGGGGAGUUUGCUAAUACAGAUGGAGCUGAGGAAGAGAAAACGGAUUCUCGUAGGAAGAGCUCUGAUGUCAUGCGGCUGUUCUCUUCAGACAUGCAGAAAUUUGGAUUGUUCCCUGAAACAGAUUGUUUCUGCACUGUGGUGUGCAGUGAAUGCAAUGCUUUGGUUAAACCACAGGGUCUCCUGAGUCACAUGCGUGUGCGCCACAAAGAGCUAGUACCUGGUAAAAUUUCACCAGAGAAAGUUAGCAAAUUUUCUGAAAGCUCUUCCAUCAAGAGUAUAGGAGACAAAUCUUCAGCCAAACAUGCAUUGAAUGAGAAGCUUAUGUCUAAACUUAUCUUAAAUGAGAAACACAAGCCUUCUAGUGAAAAGUUACUUAGUUCUCCUGGUGAUAAACAUAAAGCAAGUCUUGAAAAGUCAAGUGUUAAAUAUUCUAGCAGUGAAAAGGCUUCUCAGAAAGCCAGUGACAAAUUCCUUGGAAAAUCCACUAGUGAUAAGAUAUCUCGGAAUUCAAAUGAAAAAGUUAAAGCACCUCUUGAUAAGAGUCUUACUGGACCUUCAUUACUUACGGAUAAAGCUUUGGUGAAGAAUGAAAGUGAUAAAGUGACCAAAACUGGUAUUGAUUCGACUGUUUGUAAUCUAAAAAGCAUCAAGUUAGGAGAUAAGCCGAUUUCCAAACCAGUCAGUGAAAAGCCCUCAUCAAAGUAUGCUUCCCCUGACAACAAGAUUUUCUCUUUAAAUGAGCGCCAUUUGUCAAAAUCAGGUGAAAAAAUAAGUGUCAAGUCUGUCCUAAGCGAAAAGUUACUGUCUAAAGUCGCAGCUAAUGAAAAAAUUAUGGCUGCAAAUGAGAAAAGUAGAAAUUUUGAUUUCUCUAGAAGUGAUAAUGGUCUUAAAAAGGGGGAUAGCUUACUGAAACCUGAAAGGAUGGUUACCAAGCCUGUAAUGAAAAGCUUGCUGAAGGAAAAAGUACUCAGGAAUGAAGCAGCCCUGAACAUUGUUCCUGGAACAAGUUUACUGAGGCCUAUAGUUCAGCAAGAUCGAGAACUACCACAGACUCCUGGUCCAGGCAUAGGCAUCACAACUCUUUCUCCGCCAGUUCUGACCCCUCAGAACUUGACACCCGAACGUCAUCAGUCAGCUACAGAUAUGCCAGUUCUAUCUCGCAAGAGAAAGUAUAAAGAAAGAAAAGCUCCACCAACACAGUAUGAUCCUGAUCGACAUUGUGGUGUGUGGUGUGAUUAUUUUAACAAAUUUUGUGUGCGGUCUUUGACUUGCAAGGUUCAUUCUGUAGCCCUGAGACGAGCUGUAGUUGGGAGGAGUAAACCAUUUGAUCAGCUUUUGAGUGAACAUAAGAGAGCAAAGGAAGAUCAACGUCAAUCAAAGGAGGAUCAGGAUGAUAUUUCUGAACCUAGUCCCCACCUGUCAGAUCGUUUACAUAGCCCAAGUGAGCCUAGCAAUAGUUCUUUUGUGAGCAGUCCAUGUAUCAGUCCAGCAUCUAGCCCUGCUCCAAGCCCCUCGGAGAAUGUCUUCCUCAGUAAUGUUAACCAUUCGGAUGAAGCUGUUGCCUUAGUUACUCCCUCAACAGCCACAAACCCACCAGUCCCACUUCCUUCGUAUCAGUAUCCACCUUAUCCGCCUCCUGAAUCGGCCUGCUCCUCUCCGCCUAGAAGUAUGGUAUCGCUCUCUCCCCAUUUAAGCUCGCCCCUCCUGAAUGUUGCCCUACCUAGUCUCAUUCCAAGCCAUGCUCCUCGGCCCCCCGACACUACUGAAGACGACUCUACCAAAUGCCCCAGGACUGUUGCUCGGGCUAUCAACAGAUUACAGCUGAAUAAAGGAAAGCAGUUUAAUGUGAAACACACAGCGUUUCCACCUAAACCUUUAAGAACAUGUCUUUUUCAGGGGCGCAAGAGCUCGGGAAUGUUUUUUGUUCAACGUGAACUGGAAUCAAUGCGGGCAGGUUUCAGAUUAUCUGUUAAGGGCAACAAACCAAUGCCUCAAGGUCAUGUGCCCAGUACCUCUCAGUCCCUUCCCGAAACUGCAAUCCCACAUUUAUCAGUUACAAGUGAUUCUGUCUUUCAAAGUUCAGGAACGAAUGUCUCUCCGCAAGUGAAUACAGCAUCUAGUUUAAAGUCAGUUCUUAGUAGUCUUUGUUCUCCUAAAGCUGUGCUCAAUAGUCAACAAAGGGGGCAAAGACCUCAAAAAGCAGUGGUCAAUUGUUCUGAUUCAUCAAUACAACAACCCAUAUCUUCAGACAGCUCUUUGACAAUUAACAGUGAUAAAUUACCCCAAGGAAUGAGGAUUUCUGUUCCUACAACAAUACCACAACAAAUAGCCUACCUAACCACUUCAACACCUGUAACAUUUCAACAAGUUCCUAUUAUUAACUCUCAGGUUCUGAGUCAACUUCAGCUUCAGUCCAAAGGAGCUGGUGGAACACUGAAACUAUUAAGCACAGGUGGGGGUGGACGCACAUUACUUGUCCAUCAAUAUCAGGAUGGAUCUGGAGCGGAAUCCUGACAGAGGCCAACAUCCAUAUGUUUGCCAACUCACUUGCAAAGAGAUACGGUAUCUGGUAGCAAACGCAGUCAAAGCAAAUACCCCGAAAUAAGUAUUGUUCACUGACAGCUUGCCUUCAAGAUUUGUUUCUGGAGAACUUGAGUGUGAAUUUUGGUUAUGUCAGGUUUGAGGGACUCAAAUUGCAUGAUUACUGUUCGCUUUUCUGUCUUAGUAAUAACAUCUUCAAACUUUAAAUGUGUACAUUGCUGUUAAGUAUAGAAGUGUGCAAGAUACAGGCUGAGAAAGAGGCAGUACAUUUAUCAUUGAUAUUGUAGUAAUGUUCUGUAAACACAAAACUCAAUUUUCUUUUCAAUUUUGAGCCUCUGCAACAUUUUUUCUGCAGUAAAUUGUUGUUAGGAUAGACUUUUGGAAUCUCGGAUCAAUCAACAAUAAUUCAUCAUUUAGCUGCAAGGUACAGAGGUACUUUUUGCUUUCAUGCUGGUUUCAAUGUCUUUUUUAACAUCAAAUCUGAAACUACAAGUCAUGUGAGUUGUUAUCUCCCAUGCAAUUUGUGCUUUGUUCCACUUUGUUAAGAUUUUCAUCAUGAAUAAAUUGUUGUUUCAUUACAUUUGUUCAGAGUAGGUUCCAAGUUUCCUUGUGAAUUGAAUUUACUCUCUUUGUGGAAACUAUCCGACUAUGUAGUUGUUUGGUAAUUCUGUUCUAAGAAAAGUGUUUACCAUGCAUGUGUCUGUAUGUGUCACUUAGACCAUUUUACACCAUCCAAAAUUUGCAUUUCCCUGUUCUCUAUUGUUACUCUGUACCUGCAAGUUUCCUUUGCUCAGUUGGGGUUUAUAAUCAGUAUUCUUCAUCUGAUGUAUGUUAUUCUUUUUUUGUUCAUUUGUUGUUGUUGUUGUUAUUAUGGAUUAAAACAUACAGUAAUUUUUGAUUCA